AUGAGUAAUCAUGAACCUGCUCUAAGUACGACCGCGACGCCUGGCCACUCGCAACGCGUCUUUACGGUGGCCAGCUCGCUGUCGUUCUCGUCCGAUCCUGAACCCAUCGUGUUUGCGACGUACAGCCCUGACCUGCUGUUUUUACGCUAUCCUAGUGGUCAUAGUGCUCUUAUCGACUCCGCCACCACGGCUGGCCUUCUAGGUACGGAACCUGGUACGUCUGCUGCAAAUGCGAACUCAGUGAUGGCAGACGACCAGUUUCGGUUGCGUGUGGACACCGGCUGUACUGCUGAUAGCAAGGACUCCGGCAUAGACGUACAUUCACGUUUACGUAAUAUUCCCAAACGUCUACAUCGUCGCAAACUGUUGAAGACAGUGAUGGAAGAUGCUGAUGAAGCCAAGUGGGAUAUUGAUACUAUUCUUUGGGCUGUUGUAUUCGCUUUGACUGUAUGGUUCUUCCGUCUCCCUACUUCUAUUUGGUUCAGCAAAAAAGUUGAUUGGUAA